UACUUUGGAAGGCGGAUGGACACAUUAGUUUUGGUGGGCGGGGCCUGUGUGCCCAGAGACGGUAUAAAUACGGGAGGGUGUGCGUCAUUUGGCAGAUUCCAGGUUUAUCGCCGCUGGAUAAAUUAUACAGACUCAUCGCUCAGGGCCGCAGACGUCAACAUGCAGAUCUUUGUCAAGACCCUGACUGGCAAGACCAUCACCCUUGAGGUUGAGCCCAGUGACACUAUUGAAAACGUGAAGGCCAAGAUCCAGGACAAGGAAGGCAUUCCCCCAGACCAGCAGAGGCUGAUCUUUGCUGGGAAGCAGCUGGAAGACGGGCGCACCCUCUCUGACUACAACAUCCAGAAAGAGUCCACUCUUCACCUGGUGCUGCGCCUCAGGGGUGGCUGUUAAGUUCUUGUGCAUCUUGCUUGACACCAGGAUUGCCAGUGGCACUUGUGUUUGCACUGUAGUUCUUCAAUGUCUUAAGUUAAUGCAAGGUUAAUGCAAGCUUGAAUAACUGCUGAACAACUGUCUGUUGAAAUGCUAAUAAAGUUUUCUGUUGCACAUUACACCCUGUAGUCUGUCUCAGUUCAAGCAGGUGAAACUGGUGUAUUAAGUGAAAUGCUUUGGCUUCUUCCCAUGGCAGUUUAUUCCUCUUUGCAUGUAUGAUGAGGACCAACCUUGUGGUUAAAAUGGAUUAAAAUCUUAAUGAAGUGCUAA